AUGGCUGGAGCGACGUACAACGUGACCCGGUUCACGCGACAGGUGCUCAAGCGCUACCGCAAGGAGCCGCCCUCGCUCGUGCUGCACUUGUACAACACCCAUUUCAGAUUCGAACAGCAGGUGCGUGAUCAUCCUAGAUAGAGAGCCAGUCUGGGGCCGUCAAGGGACCCUCACUGUCGCUUGAGCGGCUGAUCGAGGCGGGUCGCUUGAUCUGACGCGUUCCCUCCUCUCGUCAUUGCACUGCACAGCAUGGCAACUUCAACUACGACUCGCCAAUGAAGUGCUUCCUCGAGGCUAUUCGCGAGCAAAAGCUGCCAACCGACCUGCUAGAUGUGCUCGACGAGGCAGGCGUGCGAUACUACGAAGGUCGGUUGCAGGAGGUUCGGGUCCGGCUCCGAGGUCCACAAGGCUCAACUGACAACACGGACUCGUACCCAAAGGAUGCCUGAUCGUCGAAGUACACGACCAUCGCGACCAGUCCUACUCGAGUGCAGCUCCGGCACAACCCUCGAUCCGGCCAGGGCUCGCGCUCUCCUUCCAGCUUGGUCGGCAAGCCCAGCCCGUCGUUCAGGCUCGAGCCGAAGUGUACCGAAUCGUACUGGGUCCCAACCCAGCGACGCUUUGGACCGAAUUGGGGAUCAUGGAUCGCAGGAUACGAGAGACGGCGGAAGAGGAUGCUGCAGAGGGUGGAGUCGAACCCGAGACUUUGGGCUGGACAGAAGAAGAGGCUGUCGAAAUCGAGGCGAUCAUUCUGGUGCGUGCGGCCGGGCUUCAUUCAUUGACCGGAGGAGGUGACACGAACCCAAUACGUCUAUGCACAGGCUCGGACAACAGCACCGCUCUGCCUCUCACCGUCUUUGCAAACAUCAAGGAUCGCCAACUCCAUGCUUCGAGCGACGACGCUCCGACCACCAAAACGCAAGCGCAGUCGGGCGGCGAGCGAGGGAGAAACCGGAGAAGACGGUGAAGAUGUGCUACGACGCGAGCGAGAGGAGCACGAGAAGAUGAUGAAGCUCGGUGACGAGGGGGUCUCGCGAGGUAGAGGUCAUGCGUACGUCUCUUGGAUCCUUCUCGCAUGCCUCUGUGCGCUUCUAUGCUUUGAUCGCUGAUCCUGGUGGAUAUGCUACUCGUCCUGAAAUGUGACAGCUUUGCAAGGCUCGCCUUCAUUCAAUCUUACCGGGAGCGGCAAAAUAACCCUCAAGCUCCCGUUCAGGCCGGCCCGUCGGCGGCUGCUUCCGCUGGCAAUGUCGGUGGCAACGCAGCAACAUCUUCUGCCGCCGGUGGUACUCAAUCGCCCACCAACGUGAUCCGCAUCACCGCGCCGGUGCACCAGAUCGCCCCCUCGGGCGCAUCGACGCCUCGCACGGCCGGAUCCCCUCCGGCGUCCAUCUCGGACCGCAAGAAGAAGUUGCCGAUCGGCAACAUCGCCGCUUCGACGGCCGACGAUGCAUCCGAAGCGGGUACACCGGGCCCUGCGACCCUUCCUGCGACUUCGGCGGCCGCUAUGGCGCAUGCGGCUUCGACCAAGAAAGCCAAGAAGAUCGCUGCGCAGGCGGCCAACUCGAAUGUGGCCGACCCGACCCUGCCGAGUGAUCCGGCGGAGCGGGAGAAGGUGUUGGAGGCGAGGCAGCGCGCGCAGGCGAACAAGAAGCGGCAGGAGAACAAGCUGCGCAAGGAGAAGAGGAAGCUCGAGAAGGAGAAGCAGCUGGCGGCGGCGAAUGAUGUCAAGGUGUAG